AAAGGGCAAUGCCCAUUUUCUCUCUCCUCCGCCAAAAUCGUCAUCGGACAACAUAGAAAGAGAAUCUCCUGUCGUCAAACCCAGGGAGAGGAGAAACCCCACCAAAACCCUUUACUAUAUCUCAGAUCGGCCAUGGCUUCAUCCAAACAGCGCGAUAACUUCGUCUACAUCGCCAAGCUCGCCGAACAGGCCGAGCGCUACGAUGAAAUGGUUGAUUCGAUGAAGAAUGUUGCGAAUCUGGACGUAGCAUUGACGGUUGAGGAAAGAAAUUUGCUCUCUGUUGGAUACAAGAAUGUGAUCGGGGCUCGGAGAGCAUCGUGGAGGAUUCUAUCUUCGAUUGAGCAGAAGGAGGAGUCAAGAGGGAACGAUCUGAACGCCAAGAGGAUCAAGGAGUAUAGACACAAGGUUGAAUCGGAGCUCGCCGACAUUUGCAAAGAUAUCAUGAACGUGAUCGAUGAGCAUCUCAUUCCUUCAUCUUCCAAUGGAGAAUCCACUGUGUUUUACUACAAAAUGAAAGGGGACUAUUAUCGGUAUCUUGCCGAAUUCAAGUCUGGUAAUGAGAGGAAAGAGGUUGCAGAUCUUUCGAUGAAAGCCUAUCAAAAAGCUAUGACUACAGCAGAGGCCGAGUUACCUCCUACUCAUCCCAUCCGGUUGGGUCUGGCUUUAAAUUUCUCGGUCUUCUAUUAUGAGAUUAUGAGUUCACCUGAAAGGGCUUGUCACCUUGCAAAGCAAGCUUUUGAUGAAGCAAUUUCAGAGCUUGAUACUCUGAAUGAGGAGUCAUACAAAGAUAGCACCUUAAUUAUGCAGCUCCUCAGGGAUAAUCUAACCUUGUGGACUUCCGACAUCCCAGAGGAAGGAGAAGAAUCCCGGAAGAUUGAGGGUUCAACCAAGGCUGGUGGGCCUGAGGAUGCAGAGUGAAGCAGUUGGAACCUUGUUGUUCCAUUCUGAUGUUUGGUUUCUCAUUUAAUAUUUGGCUUUUAUCUUUCGCAGUGAAGCAGAUAGAACCUUGAGUCCAAGAGAGGGACAAGGCCCUACACCCUGGGGUUGUCUGUGUGCUGUUAUUAUAUAUUUUUUCUUUUUUCUUUUCGGUGUCAUAUUAAAGUGUGUUUGAAUAUAGGCUCGAUUGCUGGACAUGAUCUAUGAUUUGCAUUUUAGAGGUCUUCUUUUAGCCAAUUGAUUGCCACUGUUCGGAUGGAGUUUAUACUGUUUGGUUUUCUCGAGCUUAUAUAUAUUUCAUGUCACUUUUACCGUAUCCUAAUUUUUUUUCCUUCUUAUUGUG